AUACAGCUGAUGCGGCGAUGCCCUCAGGCUGUAGCUAUUCUUUCAAAACGAGUGUAUAAUAUCGUCUACCCUGCCAUCGCAACUCCUCCAUGCAUCAGCAUGCGCAAAUCAAAAUUUGUCUGCUUGCCGUUCUUGACCCAGACUACCCUGCCCGUCACUUGCUGAAAGCAUCGAGCGCAUCGAUCAUGAGCCACGGCGACUCAGUUCUCCGGCAUUCACUCCUCGUCAAUAUCGGCAUCAUCGUCAUCGUCCUCAUCCGCUUCGUGACCUGCUUCGUCGCCUUCUCGGAAUUCCACAGUGUCCCCAUCGACGCUGUCCCUAGCGCCCUCGUCAAUCCACUUUUGGAAAGGGUCUAAUUGGACCUUCUCCUUCGGGACCUUCGGAGCCUCCGGGUCCUCUGGCUCGACCCAAUCGCCAUCACGCUGCAUGCGCUCUUUAUAUUUGCGGCCGGUGAAGGUGACGGGAUCGAUGAGGCCCGGACAUUCGAUCGUGAAGGC